UAAACUAACAUAGUCAACAAUGAAUAAUCCAUUGAUAAACUACCCUAGUCUACAAGAUUUAUUUGUGCAAAAUGAGCGAAUGCUCAAAGAUUUUGACCAAAAUAGCGUUGAAACCAUAGGAAAGGGUACUUUUGGUAAAGUAGUCAAAGCCAGACAUGGAGUGGACGAAAAAGUAUAUGCCGUUAAGAUUAUUGAAAUAAAAGGUAAUGAAAGUCAAAUACGAGAAAAAUACGACAAACACAUACGCGAGGUAAAAGUGUGGGCCCGUCUCGACGCCGACCACUUUGUACAGUACCGAAGCUCAUGGUUGGAGUGUGGCGGACAUGACAUCACCUCCCGGUGCCCACUGAGCCUCAAACUAUACAUACAAAUGGACUUGUGUUGGUUCACACUCGAGGAAACCAUUGAGAAAAUGCGGAUCCAUUUCGGGCGCAAAGACAAGGAGUUGUGGCCAGAGUUGGGCGCAUAUAUGGCCGGCGAGUUGUUGUGGGAAAUAUUGGAGGCCAUCGAAUAUUUGCACACAAUUAAGCCACAGAUAUUGCACCGGGAUAUUAAACCUACCAACGUGUUGUUGAAGGGUGGGGGUCCCGGCGCGCGGUUUGUCAAACUGACCGACUUCGGUGAAGCG